UGAAAAUCAAAUGUUGGACUAUCAAGGAAGGACAGAGCUGCUGAAAGAUGACAUCACCAAUGGAAGUGUUUCCCUGAGAAUACGUGAUAUCCGACCUUCUGACGAGGGCCUGUACGUUUGUUUAUUUCAAUCACUUACCUUUUUUCAAGACGCCUCAGUGCUCCUGCAGGUGGAAGGUUUGGGCUCUGGCCCUGACAUCUCUGUGGAGGGACAUCAGGACGGAGGGAUCAAGGUGGUGUGUCGUUCAUCCAGAUGGUACCCACAGCCCGAGGCUCAGUGGAGAGAUCUUCAGGGGCAGUUCUUACCAUCAGCCUCUGAAAACAUAUCCCAAGCAGCCGGUGGCCUGUUUCAAACAGAGAUUGCCAUUGUUAUAACAGAAGAGUCCAACCAGAAAGUGUCCUGCUGUGUUAGGAACCCGUGUGUCAACCAGGAGAGAGAGUCAGCAAUUUACAUAGCAGAUCUCUUUUUUCCACGGGUCUCUCCCUGGGUGGUGGCUCUGGUAGUGAUCCUGGCUCUUGUGAUUGCCCUGGCCCUCUACUGCAUCUGGACACAACGCAGAGCAAAAGAUCCAGACUAACACGGCUACCCCUCUGAUACUUGUCUCCAGGACUUCUUUCUGAUGACAUGGAACCACACACUGGGUCCAAUGCAAAAUUAGGCAGCGUUCCUGGAACACCUUUGUAUGGCCCUAGCGGAAAGGUAAGUACAAGCAGCAUGCUGAAGCCACUCUGGUCUGAUUCCACAUGGCCAAAGUCUCAGCGUGCACAUGCAUUUAGUUCACGUCAUUAGCUCUGUCAGUGGUGUCUGGCCAGAAACAAUGGCAUGACCAUAUGGAAUCAGACCAGGGGUCUAUCCAAGCCAGGGUCCUGUCUCUGACUGUGGCAAGCAUCAGCUGCUUCAAAAGGAAGGUGCAAGAACUCCAGAAUAACCAGAGAGCAAAGAUUCUCUUGUAGGCAAUGGCAGUAGGGUAAAGAAAAAGCUGAAGUCUUUCUCCUAGUCCUCCAUUGGCUCAGAAGGUCCUUUGGACUUGAUAGACAUUCAAGGAAUCUCCAUUGCACCUUGAAGCAGGAAGUCCAUCUUCAGAUGGACUUGGAUGACCUACAGAUAACAGCAUGGGCAUUGGAGGAGAGGUGCACGUCUGCAGGGAGUCUCCAGACAGAACUCAACUAGAGAAUUUCACUCACUGAUCUCAUUGUGUCACAUUUCAGAAAUGGGGGCGGGGGGAAGAGAAUGCUCUCUGCGGCAUGUUCUGUCUCUUUGUGAUGUGCCCAGUACAAUGGGGCCUCAUCUCGGGAUGCUGCCACAUUACAAAUACGAAAGACCACAAUGUUCUAGUAAUCUCAGCUACACUAGUGUUCUUCCAGGGUGAUUAUAGGGGUCCUAGCACCACAGAAAAGUGGGUAACAGCCUCAUUGGGGGAUGUGUAGGCAGGCAUAUUGGACUCCCCAGCUGAGUAUCAUCAGGUGUUAGGAUUCCUCAUACUGGCCAGAUGAGACAAGCCUGUGGCUAGCUUUUCUAGCUGCCAUUACCUCAGACAGACAGCUUUUGGAGUUAGUGCCUCCAGCCGUACAAGAGCCACACUCCUGUUUUCGUGACGAAAACUCUUUCUGCCCAGGCAAAGUUUUUCUCCCAUUGUUCCUUGGAAACAGUUUCCCCGUCACUUCAUUUUAGCCAUUAGUCAUAGUUCAUUGCAUGCCAUCCAAAAUCCCAGGACCUUGCAGCCUCAAAGUUCCUGCAGCAAGAUGUUUAAAAGUUUGCACCUUUUGGCAUCUGGGAACCCAUUCGCAGAAGGAAUCAAAGCUCCCUCUACAAGGUCUCUAGAGGUAUUACAAGAAGCGACUGAGCAUCAUCUGAGGAAGAUUUGCAAAGCAGGUUUCUGUUCUUCUGCAGAAGCAUCCUUUGAUCAGGGGCGGCUCUAGCAAUUUCGCUGCCCCAAGCACGGCGGCACGCUGUGGGGGGUGCUCUGCCGGUCGCUGGU